AUGAGGGAAAAGGCCCAGAGGCUCCCGCGUGUCGCUGCUAAGAGCUGGAAAUCCAACGCCCCUCCUUACAAACCCGGCAAGCCUGACGCGUUCCGCCCCGCAACGCCCCUUCCCGAAUCCUUACUGUCUGUUCCCCCCCAAGCACGAACCCGCAACUACCCCGAAACCUGGAAGGCUCCGAAGGUAAAGUCUCCUAAGCGGGCUCCCGCUGCUCCUGCUGCCAAUGACUCAACAGAACCUCCUGCUCCCCCGGGAGCUGCGAAUGGCGCGGCAUCUAACCAAAUGGCAUCUUUACUGGGAUCGAUCAAAGCGCAGCAAGAGCAGCGAGCAUCGUACACUUCCCUUGUACAAACUGUCGACGACAAUUAUAAAAAUCAGCUUGAAGCUACGAUGAGUUACCACCAAGAAUCCCAACAGACAAAGAUGAGACUGUAUGAACAAUGCAUCGACGCCAUGAACGAAAACAAGAGCGACAUUCUGUCGGCAAUAGCGGAUGUCUUCAACAAGUGGCAGCCCUCGACCCACAGCUCCCGCCAAGGUAGCGACGCCUUGGAUGAAGAUAAAGUGAGUCACGAGGAAAUCCAGGCUUUUUUAUCUCGCAAAUUCGACGACAACCCGAAAUCAAUUGCGAUCAGACUGGCCCAUGAACAGAUGGCUUACUACAUGGUUGUUGUUGAUGGAGAUGCAAUGAAGUUCAACCCAGAGUUCAUUAGGCAAGGCUACGAUGGCGGUAGAAGAUUGGCCAAGGAGUUCAGAAACAAGGUUCGCCAAUAUUUGGAAGAAGUUCGUGGAUACAGCCGUGCCACUCGGCGUAAUCACACUCCUGCAGAGACUAUUCUCCGAGUCUUCGCAUCCGUCAAAGGCCUGAAGAAAAUGUACCGCGAGGCUGGGUACAUAUCCUCAGAUGAUGUCUUUGAUGCUUUCAUCCAAGGGUUUAAUCUCAACGUAAAUUGUGACUUCAUCGAUGUCGGAACAGGACCUGAUAGGGCUGAUACUAAGGUGAAAAACAGUGGCUACGCGCCUGUACUCGCCAAGGCUAAACCUACUCAAUCGCGUAUAAGUCUGGUUAAGGCGACGCCAUUCGCCCCCUUAUUGCAAGCGUUUACGGACACUUAUAGCACGGCCACAUUCCCGGACAUAUUCAUGUCAGACGAAUUUGAGAACACGAAACCGCCUUCCCUCAGAGAUUACGACAAAAUUUACAUGCACCAACCGUCACCCACAGACACAUCAGGAAGUCGCCUGGCUGCCAUUGAAAGGAAAAUGGCCCAGAUGAUCGAUUUACUCCAAGAACCGAGGACAAACAGUCUUCAAUCGACCGGCCAACCGCCUAUCAUAAAUCACGACUCUCCCGCCGACUUUCCAAGACCUUUGGACAUCCUCGAUGUAGAUCUUGACCAUCAGUCUAGCAGUCGCCUAGAGUCAGUUACAGAGGACAUAAAGGAAGAAGAUGGCCAAGACAACAACAAAACACGAACGCUACAUGGGGCUGCGCGCGCAUCAAGCCCGGGGACUCCUGCAAAAGACCUACCCGGGCAUAACUCCGAAGAUCCCGAGCCCAGCGACAAGCCCAAUGAGCAACAAGAGGCCAGAAACCCCGAGCAUGCCGACGCAUACGGGCAAGCUAGCUUUCCCGAAACGCUAGACGGCAAGCGGGAGUUCCUGGAAGCGUGGGCCGCCAAACUGGACAAAUUCCUCUCGGAGAACAUCGAAUCCCAUGCCGCUGAAAACGCCCGCCUGCACAGCCAUGCCAUGCGCCAACGCAAGGACUGGCCGGAAUGGGAGCGCAUGGCCGCCAUGUGCAAGAAACUCAGCAAGGACCCCGACCUCAAACAGCUGGGCCUGGUCAAACAGCUAGAAGUACUUCACAAACGAAUUCAAAACGGCCUGGACAACAUCAAGACGGUGAAUGUUCAUAUGUUGGAUAACGUCGUAAAAUCCAACUACCAUAUCCAGGUGGACACCCGGAUAACAAGUGACAUCGCCAAGCGAUAUCGCAGCCGUUCGAAGGUUGUCUUCAAUUUGAAAGCCAAUAAGGCUGCUGCCAAUCGCUCCCGACGUUGA